AUGUCCCCAUCCAGAUACCCCCAGUACGAUGUCCGCAAGGUCAUCCACUCGAUCAAGAACCCGUCCCCCGACCUUGUUCACGUCUUCGCCCACCGCGCAUCGCGCUGCCUCGGCUCGUCCACCGAGAACAGCUUCUCCGCUGUGGCCGCUGCCGCGAGGGGCGGCUACGAGGGAAUCGAGAUUGAUAUACGACUCACCAAGGACAAGCAGGUGGUCGUGUUUCAUGACGCUGGCAUGGGCCGGCUGACUGAUGUCGAGCCCCCAGCAGGGGAUAGCUACCACAACCCGUUCACUGGCAAGGGCUACUCUCCCCUGGUGAAAGACACCAACUGGUUCGGCGAGAUGGAGCAUCUUCACCUCCGGGACGACAGCGGGAAUGUGACGCAAGUGAUUACGUCGAACUCUUCUGACUAUCGCAGCACCGAGCACCCCAUCCUCCUCAGUGAACUCCUCGAGUUCAUCCAUGACGAGGACAUCAACAUACUGGUUCAGAUUGACGUCAAGGACCUCGAUGCAAUGGCCUAUGCGUAUGAUGUGAUUGCGCAACAUGCCAACGCCGCUGGUGUUCCCGCAACAGAGUGGUGUCUCUGGAAACCGAAGGGAGAAGUGUUCCCGACGCCCGAGGUGUGGGAGCGCCAGGAAUGGGUCCAGAAGGCUCUUGCCUGUGGUGAUGCCCCACCAUUCGUCCUCUUCUACGAGCAUGAGGAUGACACGGUUCUCCCCUCAAUCAAGGCUUGGGAAAACUGCGAUUAUUUGAUCAACUAUGAGCUCCACGUCCCGCGUGUUGGAGGUAUCCUCCAGUCAGCGCUUGACUACAUCCUGGGGCAGGGCAAGGGCGUGGGGUCGUGGUACAUUGGCGGAGACUUUGCCCGGCGCUAUUACACCGGCGAUGGCCAGAUGAGCUGGGACGACUCGUCCCUGCGUGACCAGAUCCUUGCUUCAGGUCCAUCUGUCAAGAUCAUGUACCGUGAAUGGUAUGCCCAAGUGGUGAUGGAGGGAGCUGACAUGUACAGGCAUGGGGUCGUUGCCGCAGGUGGUGUUCUUGGCCGUCCUCCGAGCGCGGGCGACCACGAUACUCGCGUCGACCUCUCCGCCCUCAUUCAGCAGGGCUGGAGCUACAUUGUCGCUGAUCCCUUUGAUGAUCUCCACGACAGAAUGACGGACAUGGGCAAGAGGAACGUGGGCCGCAUCAUGGCUUAGGACAGGCUGUGCGUGG